UUCAGAGACUCAGAAAUCGUUUUCCACUUCAUUUCUUUCACUUUGUGAUCUUUAUAAUUUGCGUCACUUUUUGCAUACAAACAAGGAUUUUGUUGCACAAUUGCAAUUAAAACCUCAUCAUCAAUAUCAAUAUUAUCAUUGUCGUCAAUAUCCGACAUUGUGACAAAGUAUAAAAAAUGAGAAGUAUACUUGGUUUUCCGUUACACUUUUCUAUCAUUGACUGAAAAUUAAGGUUAUAUUGUUCGAAAGUUUUAAGUAUUAAGUUUUAAGAGCUGGGAUCUGGCCAGUUCGCUUAGAGCUAAGAGAUUACAACUUAAGACAGCGCGGGAAACAUUUCAGGCCGGAAACUACGUCACACUUAGGGCUUAGAGCAGAAGGCUAAAGGCUUAAAACACCUAUUGUAGAUCCGGGGUAAAGGAAUCAAGACUCUUUAAAUCUUAUGUUACUAGUCGUCAUGAAAAAUCCACCGUCUUCAGAUCUACGUACCCGCCGGCAUAUUGGCUCUCAUAUAAAGUCUUCUCUACCACAGUCAAAAUUUUAUCACAAGUCUUUUGAGUUCAGACAGAACGCCAAGGCCUUCUACACGGACGGAUCGAAGAGUCCGGAAGGCGCAGUUGGUGCUGCGGUAUACUCGCCGGAGCUGGAAGGUAGUAUCAAACACAAGCUUCCCCCCGAAACCUCCAUUUUCUCCGCUGAGCUCUGGGCCAUCUACCAGGCUAUUCUUGCUAUUUUUGAUCUUAACUUCCCUAAAAGCGUUAUCUUUUCUGAUUCAAGGAGCGCGUUGGAUGCUCUUCAAAAUUCCUCCAAGGUGCAGCGCAAUUAUAUAGUGUAUCAGAUUAGAAAAGCCUACCUAGACAUUGUAGAUAAAGGCAACGAGGUCACCCUCUUUUGGGUCCCUGCACAUUCGGGCAUUCCCGGCAAUGAAUCAGCAGAUCAAGAUGCUAAGCUGGCGGCAAUCGAGGGUUACAAACCUGACUUUAGAGUCCCUUACGAGGACCUACUGGUGGAAUCACGUGCCCGAGCGGACAAACAGUUUCAAGAAUAUAUGGAAGAGGUUUCCAGAACUAAAGGCACUCGAUACUUCGAACAAUUUCACACAAUAUCCAAGAAAACAUGGUUUCAUGAAUCUUCGCUCUCAAGAGAAGAAAUCGUUCUCAUCAAUCGUCUAAGAUCCAACCACAUUAAUGUUAACGAGAGCCUACACAGGGUCAAUAUGAUACCAUCACCGAGCUGCCCAUGUGGCGACCCCCGUCAGACAAUAAAUCAUUUAAUUUUCCAUUGCAAUGAAUUCUCUGAAAAAUCUACCCCUAUCCAAGCGUAUAUAUCAAAGAAAUUCCCAAAUUCUCCUCAGGACCUCGUCCCCGCCCUGCGCUCUCCUAGUCCCACAUUCUCCCGUCUCCUUCUGGCCUACAUGAAGGCCAAUGACCUCUUUUUCUGA